AGUUCCGUAGUGUGACCUCUUCGCCGAAGAAGAAGUCAACCAAAGAGGUCAAAUUUGGGUUCACCUCUGCGUAGGAAACGGUUUGCCCAAUUUAGCCUGGCGAGCGAAUAUGAAAGACUAACGUUUAAAAACUCGUUCGCAGUAUUUUAAAAUUCAAACAGAGUGGGUCGUCUGGGUGACGAUUUACUGGCUACAUAAUGUGACCUGUUCGUGUCCCAAAUGACCGGUGCUUGGGAAUUAGUUUUAAACGAUGUGUUUACGUGUGUAUUGGUGGAAUAAUCCGACAAGUCUCCAGGUGUAUAUGUUGUUCCACGCUGAAGUUUUGCAAAAAUGCCUGCUGGGGUGUCGUGGACUCGCUACCUGAGGAUGUACGGAGCCAGCAUAUUAGCUAUGUUUGCAGGGGCACAGGCGGUCCACCAGUACUACUUACCUGAUCUGAGUAUACCAGAGGUCCCUCCAAACCCUGGCGAGCUUCAGACAGAAUUAUUUGGCUUCAAACUCGGAGAAGCAGCCGCACAGCAGCAGACGGAAGCAAAACCAAAGCUGGACUAAUAUGGAAAUCAUAUAUCUUGGAAAUAUCCUCAGCUCAGUGGACUCUCAUGGCAUAUAGAAGUCAUUGGCUGCAACAUGCUCUGAGGAAAACAACACAGUUGGGACAUCAAAUUGACUUUUCAGUGUUUGGUGUUUGUUUUCAAUGGAACAAAGCAUGUCAAAAUGUCAGAAACAGCCUACAAGAACAGCUGAACUUGGUAUUAAUCAGAGGCACUUUAAAUGGGGGCAGGUGUGUUUGACUCCCAUUUCACAUGAGUAUGAACGUGAUUUGUUAAUUUUGAGGACAGACACAUCACCUUGCUGAUUUUUAAAUGUGUAAUUACUUUGCCUAUCUUUACCUACACGAAUGGAUUGGUUUUAGGGUGUCAAAUAAAGGUGUGGAAUGUCA